AUGAGAGGUUACGUGCUCGCCCUAUUUGUGGUCGCGGCGGCGCGGGCGAUGCCUGCGCUCGACCAGGACGUGAAGGAGCAGGGGUUGAUGGGCACCGUUCUUGGAGUAGUCAAGGAGUGUUCCGAAGCGGACGUGUCUUUGUGCCUCAAGGAGAAAGCGUUGAAAUAUGUGGAGUCACUGUCCACUGCGCGGGAGAUGGAUCUUGCUGACGGUGUGACACUCCUGGGUAACGGGUCACCGAGGUCUGCGAGGGCAUUCGAGCCCUUGGCCGACGAGCCCAAGGCGAGGGAAGCCCAAGUAGAGUCCAGGUUGUUGGACUCAGCUGCUGACUUCUUGGAGAACCAUGUCAUCCAGUUCAGACUGCCGUCAUCAGCUGUCGAAGGCAUGAAGCGCUCCUUAGAAGAAGCUCGUGGCAAGAAAAAGAAGAUCAAGCAGCUCAUCCCACUCCUGGCCAUCGCAAAGUUGAAGAUUUUGGCUCUCAUCCCUCUUUUCUUGGGUAUAAUCGCGUUCGCAGCCGCUAAGGCCGUCCUUCUCGCCAAGAUCUCACUAUUAGUCGCCGGUAUUAUCGCGCUGAAAAAGCUUUUGGCGAGCAAGCACCACGAAACUAGCUACGAGGUUGUCGCUCACCCGCACCACGAGGAGCAUUUCGCCAGCAGCGGGCACGGUUGGGGAAGGUCGAUCGACGAAGCGCAAAAUUUGGCUUACUCCGGCCAUAUUAAAUCCGAU